AUGGCAGAAAGUGGAAGGAUUGAGCAGAUGUUUGAGAAGUUGGCUGAAAUCCACACCGUUAAGGAACUUGUGAAGCUGGCUCAAUUAUUUUUGGCGAGGACUUCUGAACUAAUGUCAGCUACAGAAGAGUCAAAUGGGAAGGAGAAGAUGGAACAAUUGCAAGGAAGCUCAAGGGGGAGCGAGUUUCCAAAGGAAAAUAAAAAGGCAACUAUGCUCGGCAAUCUCAUCAAUCUCGCUCGUCCUGACAAAGGUACAUAUGCAAAUUGGAUACUUGAUUCAGGUGCAUCUAGACAUGUCACGGGUGCAUCUAGUGAGUUUGAAUCAUAUAGUGCAUAUCCAUCCACACAUAGUGAGACUAUUCAAACAGCUGAUGGAACAUGCCAACCUAUUAAAGGUGUUGGUUCAGUAAAAUGCUCUCCAUCAAUUACACUGUCAUCGGUUUUGCAUGUCCCCUCCUUUCCAGUUAACCUACUAUCAUUAAGUGCUUUAGUUGAUCAAAUGGACUGUCGGGUUUCUUUUGAUCGGGAAAAUUGCAUCAUUGAGGACAAGAAGACUGGAAAAGAACUUGGAAUUGGCAUCAGGUACGGUGGGCUACGGUUCCUAGACCGAAAGAAAGAUGACAAGUUCUUGGGCGCUGCACUGACAGCAAGUAUGAAUGAAGAUGAAGCUAAAGUGAUGCUCCAACAUUGUCGAUUAGGCCAUUUAUCACUUGAUACUAUGGUAAAAGUGUUCCCAGAGAUGAUGAGGAAGGUGGACAGGAGAAAGCUUGUGUGUGAUGCAUGUGAAUAUGGAAAGCAUACAAGAUCGACAUAUGUAAGCAGGGGUCUAAGGAGCUUAUCUCCAUUUAUGCUUGUGCACUCUGAUGUGUGGACAUGCCCGAUCACCUCAGUUAGUGGAAUGAGGUACUUUGUUACUUUUAUUGAUUGUUAUUCGCGGGUGACUUGGAUAUAUCUCAUGAAGCACAAGAGUGAAAUACUUAAAUGUUUUCGGGAUUUCUGUUCAUUUAUUGGGAAUCAAUAUGAUGCUCAAGUUAAAGUAUUGAGGACAGACAAUGGAACAGAAUAUGUGAACAAUGAGUUUGUCAAUUUUCUAUCAACCAAGGGAAUAUUGCACCAAACCACGUGUCCUGAUACACCUCCACAAAAUGGAGUAGCUGAAAGAAAAAACUGUCAUAUCUUGGAGGUUGCACGUUCACUUAUGUUUAUCAUGAAUGUGCCGAAGUUCCUAUGGAGUGAGGCAGUGAUGACGGCAGUAUAUUUGAUUAAUCGUAUGCCUUCAAGAUUGCUUGGUUGGAAAACUCCUUUUGAAAUGUUGCAAGGAAAGAAUGAGUUUAUUGUUCCACCAAAGGUUUUUGGAUGCACUUGCUUUGUUAGGGAUCAUAGGCCUUCGGUGGGAAAGUUAGAUCCUCGAGCAGUUCAGUGUAUAUUUGUGGGGUACUCAUCAAGUAGAAAGGGAUAUACUUGUUGGUGUCCCACUGAAAGACGACUAUUUGUAAGUAUGGACGUGACAUUUCGAGAAUCUGAACCCUAUUAUGGGGAGAAGACUGAUUUGAGUUCCUUGUUUGAGCUUAAUGGUCAAAGUAGUGAGGAUGGUCAAGAGGGGGAGGAUGACAUAGAUGUGCCACAAGACAAGGAAGAAAAUCAAUCAAGGGGAUCAGGAACUAUCACAGGAUUGAUUCCAUACAAUGUGGGUAAUGCCCAAGUAAAUGAGAGGCAAGAAAAUAUGGACAAUAUAAAUAUACAUGCAAGGCAAGAACAAGGUACUCUUCGAGUUUAUACUAGAAGAAAGAAGACAGUUGAUGUGCAGCCAGUACACCAGCAAGUUGAGCAACCACAAUUGGUAGAGCAGCAAGAGGAGCAACCAGAGUGUUUAGAUGUUGGUGUUGAUGUUACUGGUACUGAGGUUGAUCGGUCUACAGAAACAGGGGGAGAAGAGGUCGAACGGUCUACAGAAACAGGGGGAGAAGAGGUCGAACCUUCUAUUAAUCUGCCUAUUGCUUUAAGAAAGGAAGCAAGGAGUACAGCUGGAAAACCUCCAACAAGAUAUGGGUUUCAGCAUGAUAUAAUGUAUGUUGAUGAUAUUGUUAUUACCGGUGAUGACACUUUGCAAAUAGCUCGACUUAAGGAAAACCUAAGCAAAGAGUUUGAGGUCAAGGAUUUGGGUCAACUUCGAUACUUUCUAGGCAUUGAGAUAGCAAGAUCUCCUGGAGGAAUUGUCCUUUCACAACGAAAGUAUGUUCUUGAUUUGCUAAAUGAUACAGGUAUGCUUGGAUGUCGCCCUGCUUCUACACCUAUCGAGCAAAACCACAAGUUGUAUGCUCAAUCUGGACAGCCAAUAGAUAAAGAGAAAUAUCAAAGACUUGUGGGACGCUUGAUUUAUUUAUGCCAUACAAGGCCCGAUAUAACAUAUGCAGUAAGUGUGGUAAGCAGGUAUAUGCAUGAUCCUAGGAGUGGACAUAUGGAUGCAGUCUAUAGAAUCUUGAGGUAUUUGAAGAGUAGUCCUGGGAAAGGAUUAUGGUUCAAGAAAAAUAAUCACCUAAAUGUGGAAGGCUAUUGUGAUGCGGAUUGGGCAAGCUGUCUAGAUGACAGGAGGUCGACGUCCAGCUAUUGCACCUUUGUUGGAGGAAAUCUAGUAUCAUGGAGGAGCAAAAAGCAGCCAGUGGUGUCUCGAUCAACGGCAGAGGCAGAAUAUAGAGCCCUGUUUGUGUGUCUAAGUGAGAUGUUAUGGGUGACGAACUUGUUGUCCGAGUUGAAGCUAGGGAAAGGUCCCAUGAAGCUUUGGUGUGAUAAUAGAUCAGCGAUUAAUAUUGCUAAUAAUCCAGUUCAGCAUGACAGAACCAAGCAUGUGGAGUUUGAUCGCUUUUUCAUCAAGGAGAAACUCGACAAUGGAACACUCAAAUUGAGUCAUAUAGCUUCGGGUGAGCAAGUAGCAGAUUGUUUAACAAAAGGGUUAGGAGUUAAAGAAUGUAUGUCAGCUUGUAACAAGAUGGGCAUGAUUGAACCCAUCUUGAGGGGGAGUGUUGAGCUGUAUAUGGGUUGCAUGUAUUGGUUCAGGCCCAAGAGGCCCAUAUUGAUGUAUAUUUAUAUGUGUACUACUUAG